UAUUACAAACUGGAAUAUAACUUUCAGUUUUGUUUUGAAUAGUUGUGGUCUCUCACUGUCUGAUAUGGUUUGUUAGAGUCAUUUUGGAAAUGCAUGACCUGCUCUCUGACCACAAAGAAACGAUCCAAAGCUUUGGAGGAGUUAUCGAGGUGCUUCACAGCCGUCCAGAGAAACAUGGAAGAGAAUACGCCGCUGCUCAAGAGAACUGCAUCAUCAGACUCACAGAUCAGUAAUGCCAGGCUGUAUCUUGCUGUGUUCUCUGCUGUUCUGGGAAACUUCAACUUUGGUUACUCCCUGGUCUACUCAUCCCCCGUCCUCCCAAGAUUUAAAGGUCCUGAUGUGGACCCUCAGCUCAGGAUGGACACCAACCAGGCUGCCUGGUUCGGGUCCAUCUACUCUCUGGGUGCAGCAGCUGGGGGCCUCGGGGCUAUGUUCCUGAACGACCUGAUUGGAAGGAAGAUGAGCAUCAUGAUGUCGGCGGUGCCCUCCACUGCUGGGUACAUGCUGAUGGGAGGAGCUGUAAACCUGUGGAUGCUCCACACAGGCCGGUUCCUUACUGGUGUUGCAGGCGGGAUGACUGCUGCAUCAAUUCCUGUUUAUAUCUCUGAGAUUUCCCACAAAAAAGUGAGAGGGGCUCUGGGCUCCUGCCCCCAGAUCACAGCUGUGUUUGGGACCCUGACACUCUAUGCCCUUGGUCUGGUGGUCCCAUGGCGCUGGCUGGCGGUGGCAGGGUCCGUGCCAGCAGUGAUUAUGGUUGUUCUGCUGGCGUUCAUGCCCUCCUCCCCCAGGAGACUCCUCUCCCUUGGCCAAGUGCAGAAAGCAGAAAAAGUUCUCCGCUGGCUGAGAGGCAGCAACUACAACACUAACAUAGAGAUCAGUGCCAUACAGCACAGCAUUAAUACACAGGUUAAAAUCACCUGGGCUCAACUGGCCUCGCCCAUCUAUUACAAGCCAAUCCUGAUCUCAGUUGUGAUGCGUUUCCUGCAACAAAUGACCGGAAUCACGCCAAUUCUUGUAUACCUGGAGCCCAUAUUUGCCAAGAGCAACGUCACACUGGAGGCCAGGUACGACGCUGCCAUUGUGGGCGCGGUCCGUCUCCUCUCUGUUGCUGUGGCGGCCAGUCUGAUGGACAAGGCAGGACGUAAAGCCCUGCUGUACACUUCAAGCAUGCUGAUGUUUCUGUCCUCUCUGACUCUAACCAUGAUCUCCCACACCACUCCUUGUCCGGCUAUAAACAUUACAACUCCCGCCUAUAGCUCCCACACUGAGCUGGGGAGCAUGUUACAGGCCAGCCAGGGAACGGCUAUGAGCCUCCUCCCUCUCAUCAGCACUGUGGUGUUUAUAUUCGGAUACGCCAUGGGAUGGGGACCCAUCACUUGGUUGCUGAUGUCAGAGGUUCUGCCGCUGGUGGCGAGGGGCGUGGCAUCAGGCCUAUGUGUCACCGUAAGCUGGGUGACGGCCUUCGCCCUGACACAAGCCUUUACCCACUUGGUAGACGCCUAUGGGCUCUACGUGCCCUACCUGAUCUUCACUGUAGUGUGCGUCUUCUGCCUGCUGUUCAACGCCGUGUGCAUCCCAGAGACUCGCAAACGCUCGCUGGAGGAAAUAGAGAACUACUUUAGGACAGGACGCACAUUCACCAUCAGGGAAAAUCAUCCUAGUGUCGUUUCCAGUUGA